AUGUCGGAUAACGAAGAUUCCAAGCAGUUUGCCAAGGAAAGGCCGAUAUCGUAUGUGUACCACCCCAUUCGGGGAAGGCAGAAGCGGGGAGGGAGAAGGAGGAAGGAUUGGAUUCCUCUAACAAGUGAUGCUAUAGGACCAUCGCGCGGUCCUUCUCAGCGCAGCUGAACGACGCGUUCCUAAUUGAUGACACAUUGGACCAGUUGUCCACCACGGUCGAGCAAAAGUAUUUCUCCCCUCCCAGCCAACCAAUCGCCAUCACCCCCUGCGUACCACAAGAUCCUAACCUUGCUCCGCACAAAAUAGGAAGCUCUCGGUGACCUUCCACUCAAAAGAACUGGAGGAGUUGGAAGCGCGGAUUCGCCGCGCCGAAGCUCUCCUGGAGGAGAAGAAGAAACGCUUCUCCCAGCAGCUGCCCGGUGAGAAACUCCCCGAUCCGUCGGUCCCCGGCACACACCGCGACGGGCAGCCGGUGCCAAACUGCGGCCAGCCGGAAAGCUCGCAGGCUGCGGCUGUCCCACCAAGCAGACCUGCUCCUGCCCCGCCGGUUGCCAGCGGUGGCAGCGCCGAGCCUGGAUUCGUUGUGAUUGAGAAAUCGGCCAGCAUGCCUGGCGAGUCGGGGAAUCUCCCCCCAGGUGCGACUCCUGGAGCUGGACAACCGGAGAGGAGGUUCGGUGAGCAAUAUGCCGCGAGACCACCGCCGCCUGUUCCGACUUGA